CAGUCAUUUUCUAUAAAGUGCAUGCAAAGAUUUUUUUAUGUUUUUAGUUGAAUUCCGGUUUAAACUUUUAUUUCACAAUGCACGAGUAAAUAUGAGGUUUGGACAUGCUUGUUUGUACCUGUGGAUUUCGAACAUCGAUGAAUUGUUGGAUAUCUUUUGAACAAAAUCAGCUAAGGUUGGAAUACUCGUCUCGAUUACCGAAAGAAGACACAGAUUUACUUUGUUUAUUAGUUGCAGCACCAAAAUGGAUUCAAGUUUUGUCACCUGUAAACUUUGUGCUAAGAACUUCACCAGCCCCUGUCACUUAGAUUGCCUUCAUGACUUCUGCAGAGACUGUAUCCAAAAGGAACUGACCCAGACCUUCAGCAGCAAGCUGUCUGCAUACUCGUGUCCAGUUUGCAAACAAUUGACUGCGACUAAAAACAAGUCCUCGGAAAAAUGGGCGGAGCAACUUCCGCCGAGCGACUUCGUUGGAGCAUUGGUGGAGGUGCACAGAUUAAAGAAUGAGGACGUUCUUUGCACGCCUUGUAAACGGAAACGGAAGUCGACAACUGGAAGUAAGUGGUGCCGUAGUUGCCAUGAAGCGCUUUGCAAAAGCUGCGUUGAGGUUCAUGAUUCACUAAAGACUACGAUGAAACACGAAAUGAUGGAUUUAAACGAAGCGAAAACAAGCGAAACGAAGAGCCUUGUUUACGGCCCAAACUGUACGAUCCACGACCAUCAAGGUCUGACAUUGUUCUGUGAGGACCACGACGAGCUCAUCUGCCCUCUGUGUGCAGGAGCAAAACAUAAGGAAUGCAAGCAGAUAAGGACAGUAAAUGAAGAAGUAAAAGCAAAGUCAUACGAGCUCCAGGAGGCUUCUUCGAAGUCUUCAAGUCAGUUGCAAAUUGCAAAGAAAGCGUUGGUAUCAACACGGUCUUCUAUUUCUGAGGUGGACAGCACUUUCCCAAACUUGAGGGAUAAAAUUCGGAGUGUUCGAAAUCGAGUGGAUGAAAUUCUAAGCAAAUGCGAGAAGAAAUCGACAGAAGAGCUUGGCAGAUUGGAAAACGAGUAUCGGGGAAAACUAGAGCAAGAUAUUCAAAAGUUAGAAUCUUUGAAUGCAGAGAGCUCGCACACCAACCAAUUACUAGACCACGUGAAACGCUUUGGAACCGAUGGUCACAUUUUACAGUGUAUGCAGCAAGUCCAGGAAAGGAGCAAAAGUAACUCAGAGGCAUUCGAAGAAUACAGGGAGCUGAAAAAACUGCCCAAAGUAAGCUUUGCAAUCAACAGGCAAUUAGAUGAAGUUCUGAGAUCUCUCUCAACGCUGGGAGACAUCGUCAUUGAUGGAGAAGGCCUCGAAUCCAAGAAAUCAUCUCCCACGAAAAACGGUUUGGAUGACAACAACCGAAAGAGUCCCGAGAGGAGUUACCCGAAAGAGCAUAGGGAAUUUUCUGUGAGGACAAGGUCUGACGAGAACGCUUGCGUAAUCACGGGAAUUCUAUCUCUACCAACACUAGACUGGGUCUUCUGUGACAAAGGAAACAGCAAACUCAAACUUUUCGAUAGACAGUUCCAAAUGAAGUCUGAGCACAUCAUGCAACAGUCACCGUUUGACGUCACACUAAUGGAGGAUCAAAUUAUAGCGGUUACCAUACCUGAAAACAUGAAGAUUUUAAUAUACAAAAUUAUGGCUGGGAUCAACUUACAAGAAGAAAUAAAGACCAAAGAUCGUUGCUUUGGAAUAAGUUAUACAUCGUCGGAAAAUAAAUUCGUUGUCACCUGCCCGUAUGGAUCUCCAGCUUCCCUGCGACUUCUAUCUCGUAAUGGGGAGGAACUGAUGAAUCUGAUUCCGGAAGAGAACCAUGGGUCCCUCUUUUUACGACCAAUGUACGUCAGGUUCGACGCGUCAGGGAACUCCCUGUUGGUCAGCGACAGCCAACGAAACCGGGUCACCGCCAUCACGCGCUCUGUGUAUAGGAGAUUCCAUUACACACACUCCAACAUGAAGGGCCCACGCGGUCUCGCUCUUGCCGCCAAUGGCGACCUAUUUGUUGUUGGAUGGGGUUCCGAUUCUGUUCAUCGGGUUGAUGAUGCUGGGAGGUUCAGAGAGGAAGUCCUAUGCCGCCAUGAUGGGAUUUGUAGUCCGCAGGCUGUCUGUGUGUCAUUUGACCAAUCCCAGUUCGCGUUGUCCCUUGAUGACGUCAGCUGUAGAAGCGAUUUUAUUCUGAUAUUCUCCGUGUAAUAUUUCACUUAAUUCAGACAUUUAGGUUCAAUUUUUCGUUAAUUUAGUUGAUAACAAAAAAUCAAACAAAGAAAUUUGUAAUUGAGAAAUAAUUUAAAUUGCCAUGAACAAAAUGCUAUAUCGGCAUGUAAAUUUAAUAAUCAUAUUCAUACAUUGCAUUUUUUGUAACCAUACAACAUUGGAAACAACAUACAUUGUACAAUUACAUUACUUUCGGCUAACUCACUGACUUUUUUGGUCAAUCUUAUGAAUAAUUCACACAUACCAACUUCCGACCAGCUUUAAAAUUUCUCGGAAGAAACCCCGUUAAUCGCAUUAAUGCUAACGCAUGGAUUAAUGAACAACUGAAUAAUUUAAUGAGAUGGAUUUAUUUUAUUCAUACUUCUAAAAACAAUAUCAUUUCACUGUUUUCAUUGUCAUUUAUACAUGUAAGUUUCGACGUUGAUAAUUCGAAAAACGGUAAAUGUAUAGAAGAGAUUCAUUUUCAUGUUUCAAACACGUGCGUACAUUAACCCAAUGGUCUCACUUCACUGCAAUGCGUAUUGUAUCAUAUUGAACCUAGAAGGCGAAGUUAAGGUGCACCAACUCUUUAGAUUUAUAAACAAUUCUUCCUGAUUUUGUUUUUCCGUACUAAUGAAUAUGUUUUCGAAGAAAACCUGUGAAGGUUUUUUCUUUAUACAGUAAAUCUCGUUUAGUACGAACACGGAUAUAGCGAAAUCUUGGAUAUUGCGAAGUGUUUUUUUAAGUCCCCGGAAAAAUUCUAAAUCAUUCUUUGCAAAAUUUUAUGGUUACAACGAAUUCGGGUGUAACGAAUUUACGGAUAAAGCGUGUAUUUAUAUGGAAAAGUUUUGAUCCCCUGAUGAGGUCAUGGACUGAACAAAACGAAUAUAUUACACAGAUUGUUCAGUGAUGGUCAGUUCAUAUUUCAGUACGAUUUAUAUACGCUAAUAGUCAGCGGAUAUGAAACAUACAUGAAACAGCCAUAUUAGCAUGUUAGUUAGUUCGCCUCCGCGACUAAG